CAACCCCGCAGGGACAAUCUUGUUCGGUACGGCAUCAAAACCCGAAUCAUAGAUGAUCGGCCCGGUGGCACAUCAACUGGCCGAGCCGAUGGCAUCCAACCCAAAUCUAUAGAGACGUUGCGACAGAUGCGUCUGGCUGAACCGCUUCUGCGCAAAGGCGUUCGCGUCUACGAUAUUGCCUUUUGGAAAUCAACCAAAGAGAAACCACUGCAUCGCGCUGGCCGCGAGAUCCACUAUCCUCCAGUCGUAGAUCUUCUCGACCCUUACAUCCUGCUUGUUCAUCAGGGCAUGGUGGAGAGCACAUUCGAGGACGACUUGCGGGAGCGUGGUGUCGUGGUUACGCGCAAUACGGCUUUCACAAACGUCAGGUACACGCCUGAGAAGGUGCGCCCACUGACGGUGGACUGUAUGCAGGACGUCAGCCAGACUACCAAGUCGUUUGGUGCACGGUACGUCGUCGGCACUGAUGGCGCCCACUCUAAAGUGCGGAAAUGCAUCCCCAACUCCACACCCGUAGGGGCUUCCUCGGAUUCAAUCUGGGGUGUGCUAGAUGGUGUCCUCGACACAAACUUUCCCGAUAUCUGGAGUAAAGUGGUGAUACACUCAGAUAAGCUCGGUUCUGUUUUGAUGAUUCCCCGCGAGAGAAAUCUGACCCGCCUGUACAUCGAAAUGAAGCCGAAUUCGGACGAGGUCAAUCUCAAGGAACGGCACACACAAGAGUUUGUCCAACAGAGGGCCCAAGACAUCAUGCAACCCUACCGGCUAAAGUGGAGAAGUGUCGAGUGGUUCGGUCGCUAUCAGAUCGGUCAACGAGUAGCAUGUCGCUUCACAGAUCCGGAACAACGAGUCUAUAUCGCCGGCGACGCCAGUCACACGCACUCACCCAAAGCAGCUCAAGGCAUGAACACGUCCAUGCACGAUUCAUGGAACCUGGCUUGGAAACUCAACUUCGCAGUGCGCGAGCUAGCCAAACCCGUCCUGAUGGACACAUACGAACAGGAGCGCAAAAAGAUCGCCCAAGAUUUAAUCGACUUCGACUAUGAGCACGCCAACGCCUUCGCCGAAGGCGAUUCCCAAGCGCUCGCUGACAACUUCGCCAAAAAUGUGGCUUUUAUCUCGGGCUACGGAGUAAGCUACGGUCUCAACGUCCUUAAUAUGCACUCUUCGUCAUGGAACAACCGCGGCAACCUCACACCAGGAUUCCUCCUCCCCCCAGCAAAAGUCACCCGUUUCAUCGACGCGAACCCCGUCGACAUCCAGACCGACAUCCCCGCCCUCGGCCAAUUCCGCAUCUACUUCUUCGCAAACGACGCUAUUGCCGCCCUUCCCUUUCUAGACACUGUAUCGAACGCUCACAUAUCUACCGCUUCGUACGUUGGUCGCGUCACACAGGUCGCCAACGCGUCCUAUACAUCUCAGCCCCCACUUGCCGCCCCGCACGACCAGUUUGUGUGUCCGGAGCGCUACACGCCCGUCAGCGGCGUCUUCACAUAUGCGCUCGUCACUGCCGAGCGCGGAACACUGGAGAUUGAACAUUUGCCGCACAUCCUCCGCGAGUCGACGUUCAGUAUCUACCUUGACGACAUUCCAGAGAAAGACACACGUGGCCAGUCCUGUAGACAGAAGUGGCUCGAUGGCUUGGCGGGCAACGAGGUCGUCGUCGUAAAUGUUCGACCGGAUGGCUAUGUUGGGUGUCUGAGGCGGUUUAGUGACGGAGGGAGGGAGAGUGGUGCUGAGGCUGUUGAGUGGCUCGAUAGAUAUUACGAAGGCUUCCUGCGGGACAUGUGAGCGAGCUUCAGUCCUGCUUCUCUAACAUCAUGUCCAAGAAGCAUUAUAAUCCCACAUCGUAAAUAUUCACCUUCAAGUACAAAACUAUAAGCUGCUCUAUCCUCGCAUUUCGAUUGGCGUUUUCAAUCCAAUCAAUCCCAAUCUAUCCUGCCGUCCUCGCAAAACUGCGCUAUCCCUCAAAAUCUAAACCACCCUCAUCUCAUCCCUCCCACCUACUCUCCAGAAGCCCCAUAAAGCAAGCCCCCCAAUACAAUACAAAACCCAACCCCCAACUCGCCAGCCAACAACAACAGCAACAACAAGUCCUACCCGUCCUCACCUAUACGCAACACGCGGACUCUCCUCCCACCCCCACAACCCUCAACCCCCUCACUCAACAAUAACCUUCCCCGCGCUCUCCCCAAUCCUCCCUAAAUCUCCGCAUCCCAAUCCUUCCCAUAAAACCCCUGCAACUGCGCCACCUUCUCAAACGCCAUGUUC